UCUUUGAUUCAGUCUGUUACCGGCCGCGAGAUAGGACGGUCGAGUCUGGCAGGAGAGAGACAGAAAAUGACGUAUCUAUGCGCGAAUAUAUCGGUGCUCGCGAAAUUUACUUGCGAAAACUCGGAAAACAUCUUUAUUAAAUAAUGAUUUGGAUGAAUCAAGACACUAAUUUUGUUUAUAAAAUAAUGUUGAGUGUAGUGUAGUUGGUUUAUUUUAGGAAGAGCUGAAUAAAACUUUGUUUUUAAAUCAGGCCUAACCUAAAAAAAGCCGGUUAUCACUGUCAACCAUUUUGUCAAUUAUUUGACAAUAUAUUUGAUUAGGAUAUUCUAAACUAUAGGCCAGGCGAUUUGUAAUUAGUUGGUUAAUUUUGUGUAGUAUAUUAUCUAGUUUCAACGUUUUCCAUCUUGAUUUUCGUUGUCAUUACUUUGUGAUCUGAUUAUUCCAUCACCACGUGACAGUUUGUGAAUAGAAAUCCACGUUGUAUCAUUGUUAUUCAAUCAAAAUUUUUACAAACUUGAUAUUCCCCUAAAUCCUACUGUGGUUUCUGUAGAAACAAUGAUCAUAGCAUGAGAACCAAGUGAUACAACAUGUUUGAAUAAUGACAUGGUAUUUCAUAGGAAAUAGUUCUUAUUCUCUCAAAAGUAUCUGUAACAACAAACUGCUUCAAAUAAUUUUGUAAAAGCUUUUUCAAGUAUUCAUGAAAAACAAUGACACUCUGUGUGUUAGAAUAGGAACCACUUGUUUCUACCUGUGAUAAAGUGUAAUAAAAAUACACAGUGGUGAUUUUUGUGCUAGAAACAAUGACAAACCACAGUUCGAGUAGAGGAAUUCAGUGAAAAUUCUUUGAAAAUGGAAUUGGUGCGCGUGUUUUUGGAUUAUAUGACUUUGUUGUGUUUGUUUGUGGUUUGGAGCAUGUGUGAACACGUGGACGGACUAACAACCGCUGAUAUUGGAUCUCCGCUCAGAGUGGCACAGUGCAGAGUCGAAUGCAUCAGCAAGUUCUCAAGGAGUGCAGUUCAUCAUAAGACGUGCCUUCACGGAAGUGACUGCAAAAUGUGCUGGCAGAACUGUCAAUUACUGCAGUCCAACUUCCCUGUUUGGGGAGCUCUGUGUGCAGAGAAAGCUCUAUGUUACCCGGGCUGUGAGACGGCGUGCCGCUUUGCGAUGGCGUCGGACACGAGCAGCAGCCACCAGCGGUCACCCGUGCUGGUGCGACGCGCCCAAGAGGUUCUCACCACCAAUGGCCAGGAUGUGCGGUGGCCACCUCCCCCACCUACCGACCAGGGCGGCCCCUGGGUCUACCUCGUCAUGAGGAAGUCAUCUUCUUCACCAAACAGCUCGUGGAAACAGCUAACCCAGACCGUGGACCUCUCGACGAGGGUUCCCCAGGACGCCGGCAUGCUUCGGGUACUGGUCGUGGGCAAGGAUGGCCUGAAGACCGUCUACAGUCCGCUUCGGAGGACGGCGCUUCCCUCGGCCAGGGAGACCGCCCAGGAAGUCAUCCGCAGUCUUGGCAGGGACCAGCGACUGCUCAAUGAUGUCCUCGACAAGUCGACAACAAGUCUCGGCAAACGGAUCAACACGGCCAGACCUGUUCUUGCACCAAAGAACGGCAAAUGGAACCUGCGCCUGAUCUCGAAGAUCCACCAACAGGUGCUGGUGAUAGCAGAGGUGGCCUGGGAGGUGCAGAAGACCAUUUCGCAGCACAAGCCACUCUACCUGGUGACCUGGGAGGUGGACGGAGGCGGCAUCCAGGGAAACCUCUUCACGGACACCAAUUGUGUCACCCUGUCACUGUGGCCGAACACCGUCUUCCAUAUACAGGUUGAACUAGUGAACCAACAAGACUCGAUGACGUUGUCGAAGAGCGAGACCCUCUCAGUGGACACACGGCCGUCUGUGGUGGGCGUGGCCUCGGCAGAACAACAUCAACCGCAAGUUGUGCUGACGGCCGUCCAAUCGGACCAACGACCGCAGUUGUUCUCGGGCGCCGCCGCAGCGCUGGUGUCGUUCAUUAUCCUACUACUGGUGCUGGCUUGCACAAGGCACUGCCUCCUUGAUCGAGUCAUCGCUCACUCCAAACUGGUCGAGGACCUGCCCUAUGGACCCAACAUGCAUAGGGUAUUUCCUCCGGUUGUGACCAUAGUCCAGGACAUGAGACGACCAUCCACCUCCAAACUAGUCACACUCAGGGAAGACGACAUUGAUGACUGGGAUUGCUCGUGACGCUCUCUCUAAAUCAUCACAAAUCAACACCAAAAGUCCACAGACAAUCAUCGAGAACACUACAAAAUGUUAAAAAAUGUAGCCUUGAAUAUGAACACAAGAACACAUAUACAGUAGAAGGAAUAAUCCUGACUUCUUACAUAAUAUUUGUGUUAGGAAAGUCGAGCUGUUUGUUGAGAAUAAUCUGAAAGACUGCGGUAUACGAGAUUCCGUUAACUAAAAGUAACGAUAGUAAUAAGUUGAUGUGUAAAACUUGAUUCAUGAAUGAUUAUGAUGUUUCCCAUGAUGUUUAUACCGAGAAUUGAAAUCUUCCAUCUCUGUUAAUAUUUUUCCAAUAUGUUGGAUGAAACGGUUCUGAUAAUGAUACUGAUCCAAUAAUGAUUGAUGAUGUUUCUCAACAUCUAUGCUUCGCUUGAUAAAUAUCAUUAGAAUGAUUCUGUUUUGAAAAUUGAAGGAAUACGUCAAUCAGACAGUCAUAUUGGAAAAUCAUGAUUCAGAGGAGGAACUUCUCUCCAAUGAUCAAACUACCUGUAUCAUUGUUGAAAAUAAAUACUUGUUACAUCGAAUAUGAACAUUCUAUGUAAAAAUAUUGUGUAUGAACCUAUCUUGUCCCACUUCAUGUGAACCAUUCAAUGUUUGUAGAUAUCAAACCUAUGUGAUAGUGAUAAUAAUAAUAAUCUUGGAAUAUUCUAAAUAUAAUGAGUAUUUUCAUACAUGAAUAAUCUUAUGUCCACAGGCUUAUUCGCAAUGGAAGAGUAUUUUAAUUGUUCAUUUAUUUUAAUGAUUAUUAGUUUUAUUAUAUCACUAUUAUAUUGAUCAUGUGCAAUUUUCCCAGAUUUCCGUUUAGAUUCACCGAAACAAUUUGGAAACUCUUAAAUUUUCAAAAUAAAGUGCUAUCAAAAAACUGCAAAUAUUUCAUACUCUCUGGAAAAGUGAAUAUUUCAAUAAUUUAAUUUCCAAAUUAUCCUGGAAUAUUCAUGUAGUAUUAUUUGACAACUUAUUAUUAGUUUCAUGAAUAACUUACUAUCUAUUUAUGACUUUGAUAUUGUUUACGUUAUCAUUGGAAAUUUUGUAUAUUAUGUAAAGUGGAUACUGUGUAAAAAGAAACAUAAACUUAUGCUGGGAACUUGUUCUUAAUGUAAGAGAACUCUAAACUACUCCAGUUUGAAGUAACCGAUUGUGUAACUAAAUAUUCUACUUUUGUGAAAAGAACUGAUCCAGUAUUGUAUUUAUUUAUUAUUUGUGAGAAAUUUCUAGUCUCCGUAAAUUUAGCUGUGAAAAUCAAUAAAGAUUUGUUAGUACUGAAUGUAUGA